AUGCCGACUCCAACACCAGACUAUUUCCACCCAUUCUCGAGCGGGGACAGACCCCAGCCUGCGCCUCUGCUGCCCUCUUCACCUCACGCUGUGCUAUUGUACUUGGGAGCGGGCCUGGACUUGUACCCUGUUGCAUCGCACUAUGCCGGAUUCUCCACAUUUCUCUAUGUCGAUGCCAAACCACGCUUGACCCGUGCACCAGGGGACAGAGACCAUGCUGCAUGGAGAGCACCAGAGGACGUAGCGAGGAGCGUCAUCGAUCGGGCGCUUGGCAUGUUGGACCAAGGCUGGGAACUCGUCGCUCCCGAGAUUCUCAAGUUUCAAGGCAGAUUCGCAGUCACGAUGUACUAUAUCUUUGCUACGCUCGACUUUGAGCUCGUCCAGGUUGCCAAUUCUAUUCCGUUCGUAGCCACCCUGUUGGAGCGCGUCGAGGCCUUGUACGUUCACGGCUUAUACAUUUCACCCGAGACUGGACUGCACUUACCCAACCUCCGGACGGUAUACGCCAUUCCAGGUAACGCAUCGUGCGCAGAUGUCGAUUUCAUUCAAGAGCAUGACUGCACGCCCCCCGAUCCCAGCUCCCCAUACUACAUCCCCACCCGUGCUGAACAGGAACACUAUGAGCGUUUGUGUGCUUGGGCCGGUGUCAAUCCUCAUGCUGUUCCUCCGCCUGUUGAACUGGAAGUGUACGGAAACGAGACCGACCUGUUGUUGGAAAGAUUCGUCGGCCUGUCUUUGACUGCUCCGGUCAAACCGCCCAAGGAGCCGAAAGCAAAGGACAAGAAGGGCUCACGAAAGGGCAAGAGCAAGAUCUCCACUCGUGGUCCGCCAUUGCGAUUCGUGCUCAUUGACCAGAUCUCAUGGGACGAGGAUUUGCUUCGCGGCACGAUCCCGCCGCCGCCCGUUCCCUCGCGCACCGGUUUCGCAAACGAAGUCAUAGGAAGACCAAGCACGGCCGUCCGAAAAACCAGCAAUUGCUACUCGUCGGACGAAGUUAAACCCCGCCCACAACCGUCUAUCGAACAUCACCCGACAGAACCUACAUUACCCCCUCUCCCAACCACCUCGUCAACAUUCACACCCUCCUCUCUCCGCGGAUACCCCAGCAACUCGAGUCUACGCACACGAGCGUCGCUGAGAGGCUUUCCGUCCACCCAAUCCCUGCGUGGACUCGCCCAACUGCACCUCGCAUCACCCCCCGGCCCAGCUCCGAUCCGCGAGUCCCUCGAAACGGACCACGCGCGCAUAUCGCGCCCCAAGUCGGGCGGCGGGUCGUCCCAGGGCCUGGUCCGGUGCUCGUCCAAGCGCCCGGCGAGCGUUAUAAGAGGCGGCGGGUACAGAGUGUCCAAGUCCAUUCGCGAGGCCGAGCAAGUGUGGGAAGAGCGCGAUCGCAAAGAACGGGAGCGUAGGCGCGAGGAAAAGUCGAUGCGGGAGCGAGGGAUGAGCGACGUACCUACGCAGACGAAAAAGAGCUUCUUGCGGUUUAUCACCUAUGGAUUGUUUGGAUCGGAUGGAGGCGAGGGAAGACAUGCUCAUACGGUCUAG